UGCUUAUCGUGAGUGCACCUAGUCAUGGCUGAAGUGGUGAACCUGGAAACUGGGGACAGAAUCCAGACGGCUGGAGAACUGCAAAAUAUCCAUUCCGCUUAUAGGUUAGAUGGAAAAAACUACCUCAAAUGGUCUCAAAUUAUUAGGACCAUACUGAAAGGGAAAGGGAAGAUCAGUCACCUGACUGGUAAUGAGAUGGAUCCCAAAUUCAAGUCAUGGGAUGAAGAAGACUCCAUGAUCAUGGCGUGGCUGUGGAAUUCAAUGUUUCCAGAAAUCAGUGAUACCUGCAUGUUUCUAAAAUCAGCAAGGGAAAUCUGGGAGGCAGUAGAACAAACUUACUCUAAGGCCAAGGAUGCUGCUCAAAUUUAUGAUGUAAAGGUGAAAACCGUGGCUGCCAAACAGGGAGGUAAAUCUGUAACGGAAUAUGCCAAUCAACUUAAGUCCCUAUGGAUGGAAUUGGAUCACUAUCGGGUUAUAAAAGCAAAGUGUUCAGAAGACUCAGCAAUUCUAAAAGAGUUUAUUGAACAAGAUAGGGUCUAUGACUUUUUGGUGGGUUUAAAUCCUGAAUAUGACUAGGUCCGAAUUCAAAUCUUGGGAAAGGAGAAAGUCCCAGGGCUAAAUGAAGUGGUAGCCAU